GCUAGAUCCGCCCUUAUAAAAGUUUAAAAUUUGGCUAUGGCAACUCCUUUUGUAAGAAGAAAAUCAAUAAAAGAGCUAGGUAUAGGCCAUCUUUCUGAGAUAUUUUCUUUACUAGUAAAACAUGGAUUUCCUUUUGUUGAUUACGAUGAUCUUGGUCUUCAAUUAGGGCUAUCACGUUCUACACUUGAUAUCAUUACUCACCAAAAUAGUGGAAAUGUUGAUAGCUGUGUAAUAGAGUGUUUGAAAGCAUGGUUACAAGGGGAUCCAGAACCAACAUUUGAUGUAUUAAUACAAGCAUUAAGGGAGAUGGAAGAGAAUACUGUAGCAGAUGGGAUUGAAAAAGAAAUACUAUAUAUAGAUACAUUAUAUACACCUGUACAGAGCUACUUGUACUUUGCUCAAGUAGUAUAUGAGACACAGAGACCAGGAAGAGAAUGGCUGAUGAGAGUCAUUUUUGGUAAAGACUUGGAUUUGCUUGCAAUGCACAUUAACAAGUUCAAAAAAGUUGAUGAGGAAAGUAUUGAGAUAUCUUUUCAGUUUAAAGAUAAUGACGAUGGAUUCAUUGAGUUAUGCUUUAAUGAUGAACAUUGUCCUAAGGGAUGGUCUGUGAGACCUCAUCAACCACCUUUAAAAGUUAGUCGAAGUGCCAUUGAUAAAUAUGGCAGCAUGUCACCUCCUCGUUUUCCACAAUGCUUAAUCACAAUCACGGCUACCUCUGGUGAAGAUGCAGCUCAAGAAUUAAUCUAUCCUGUGACAAUGAGAGGAGUUAAAUCUGAUACUGAGAAGAUUUUUAUUACAUUAACAAAAGGCACCAUUAAGCAAUCACAUAAAAGCUCUGCUAAAUUAUCUAUUCCAAAAGGAAAAAUAGAAAAAUGGCUAGAAGAAGGUGAAGUUGAGCUAAAAGUUACUCGUAUCAAUAUGCAUGGUCCACCUAGAGCUGGUAAAACGUGUUCACAGCGCCUCCUACUAAAUGAACCACCACCACCUUUUUACCAACUCACUGGUAGUACACCUGUAGUUUGUCCUGCUGUUCAAGCAACAAGAAUAUCUAUUGACGAUAAGAAUAAGAAGUGGAAGAGGGUUGAAAUUGAUGAUUUACUUAGCCAGUUAGCAUCUACAGAGGUUGAUGAAGUGCCAAUGCCUCAAAAAGAUAUAUUUGCUUGUUUAGAUGUGCCAUCAUUAGAAAAAACACCAGCUAAAAAUAAACAAACCAUAAAUAAAUUAACUGAGAAAAAACCAACCAAUAUAAAAUUAACCAAAAAACCAAUGGUUGUGGAAGUAUUUAAAAAAAUUUUAGGCGCUUCUGAAGCUGGUAAAUCUAGAAAAUUAAGUACAAAUUGGGUGUAUUUUAUUGAUUCUGGUGGUCAACCAGCAUAUCGAGAGUUGCUACCUCUUUUUACAAGAGCAGCUGCACUGAAUAUUAUCACUAUUGAUCUUACCAAACCUCUUGACGAAAAGUGUGAGUUUCAAUAUUGUAUUGGUCAACACACAUCUGCUAUAAAAACUAAUCUGAAAUAUUCCAAUCUUGAUAUCAUCCAGUCAACAAUUAGCUCCGAAGCUAUGUUCAGUCCCAUCAAAUUUCCCUAUGUCUCUCAAAAUCCUGACCACCCCCAUUAUCUUAUACUUGGUACACGUAAAGAGUUGGUAACUGAGGAAAACCUAAAAGCAAUGAAUGAAAUGCUGAUAGAAUAUAAAGCAAAUAAGAAAGUUAUUAAGCAUAAUGAGCGUCAAGACUCAAUUAUAUUUCCAGUUAAUACUAUGCUUCCUGGUGGAUCUAAAGAAAGAGAAGAAGCUAGUAUGAAAAUUUGUACUGAAAUUUCAAAUGCCAGAGUUGCCAUGACAAUUAAGCUACCGAUUCGAUUGUUUCCAUUUGAAAUAUCACUUCAAAUUGAAGCUAAAAAGAUGAAUCGAAGUUUUCUUACAAAAGAAGAAGUGAUUGAAAUCGGUAAGCAACUCCGACUUGAUAAAGAAUCAGAUAUCAAUGAUGCUCUGCAAUAUUUACACAAUGUGACUAUCAUUCUUUAUUACCAUGAUGUCCUACCAAACUUAAUAUUUGUCGAUCCUAAACCAAUUCUUGAUGUUCUUUCACAUCUAAUAGCUAUCACAUAUGUCAAUCAUACUGAUUUACAUUUGAUUGCUGAUCCACCUCCUUCAUCAAAGGAAAGAGAUUGUCUCAUAAAAUUAGGCCUUUUUAAAGAAGAACUUUUGGCAAUUAUUGGUAAAGAAAUUUUUAAUAAUGAUUUUCGACCAUCUGACAUGAUUAGGCUUCUGAAUUAUCUUCAUAUCAUUGCUAAAGCAGAAAAUAGAGAAGAAGGAGAUUAUUUUUUUCCAUGUGCAUUGCAAUCUUAUGACAAGCUUAAAGACCCCCCAACAGAAAUACAACCACUUAUUAUAGCAUGGGAGAUUGACAAUAGUGGCACAACAAAUUUAGCCAUUCCACAAGGAUUAUUUCCUUUAACAAUUGUUCAUCUUUUAAAACAAAAAGGUGACAUAGGCUUCACUCCAGUCAGUAAAGAAUAUUACAGGUGUCAUGAUGCAAUGUCACUUCAUGUUUACAUAGAAGGAGAAAAAUACACCAUAGACAUCAUCAAUCUCUACACACAUAUUGAAAUACAUUUGGAUGAUUGCAAGAGGUUUUGUCCACAAAUUCGUCGAUUUGUCACAAAAGCUAUUACCAAAAGCAGAAUAGAACUCAGAGUUGGUAAAAACUUUAUUUUUGCAUUCAAAUGCCAUAUAAAUGAACAAUGUUACUGCAUUGUUCAGGAAGAUAAGUUCUCUACUAGAUGUACUUACUGUCGAUCACGAUUUAACAUUCUACAAAAAGAUGAUAGCUAUAGAUGUUGGUUUAGUGAUUUUCAGUUUUCCAGUUUGGGUUAGUAAUUUGGAUGUUAUAGAAUAAUGAAAUCAUUAUUAGUUACUUUUUAAGGUGCUGAAAUCGGUAUUAAAAGAAAAAGGACUUCACAAGAAGUGGAAGCAUCAUUAGCAGGUACAUCUACAAAGCGACCCACAUUGCAAUCCACUGAAUUAAAUACCAGUGAUCUUGUUGACAUACGUGAUUUACUGAAAAAGCAUGGAUAUUCUGGUAUAGAUUAUUAUGAUCUUGGUCUUCGUCUGGGUUUGCUCCCUUGUACACUUGAUGUUAUUAAGGAUAAUAACCAUGGAAAUGCUAAGAGCUGUCUAAGAGAGUGUUUGAAAGCAUGGUUAGAACAAAGAGAUAAUGUGAAGAGUAAAGGUGUUCCAAGCUAUAGUACAUUAAUACAAGGAUUGAGGGAUGAGGAAGAGAACACUGUAGCUGAUGGAAUUGAGAGAGACAUUAAUUUAUAAUAUUGAAUAAUGAAUUAUUGAAUUAAUUUAUAUAAUGAAUUGUU